GCUAGGAAACUCUAAUGGGUAAAAUGGUUCAUGAAUUUUUACUGCCAUCUAUCGGGACUGGCCAUUACAAUCAUUUAAAUUUCCACCAAUCAGAAACAGCUCUCCCUUCUCUCGGUCUUCUAUCCAGAAAGAAGCGUUAUUCCCAAGUUGAGUUAGCGUCGGUUUUGAUAAUCUUUGUUUAGCGUUGCUUAUUUCCAUUAGGUGCGCGUUUUUUAAGGAUUUUCCCCUCUCAAUUGUGUUAUUUGUGUUGUUUGUGUUAGCGUCCUUUUUAUUUACCGGUAUAUUUAUAUUUUAUAACUAUGGGUAGAGUAAAACCAUGCUGUGUACCUGGGUGUAACGAUAGAAAGACAAAAAGAUACAGCAUUACUACUAAUAAAAAAACUCGCCCUACUUGGCUUCAAAGAAUUAAUAAUGAGAAACUUUCCCAAUUGGAUGAUAAACAAAUAGGAAAUUACCUUAUUUGUGGUUUACAUUUUGAGGAUAGCUGCAAAGAAGCUAAUGAAAAACUACGAAUUGGUGCCUUACCAUCACUUCAUUUACCUGGAUACGUAAAAACGCAAAAUGAUAAUUUUUUGCCUCCAUCCCCUCCUGAAACCCUUACAUCAACUGCUAAAAAAAUAAAAGAAAAUGUGGGUAGUACUUCUAAUCUAGAAUUUAGUCCUGUAAAAUCAGUACUAAAACCUACAAAAAGUUAUAGCAGAAAACGGGUAUUCAGAGUUAUGGAAACUGAUACAGAGUUAAACGUUAUCCAAGAACCUGAAAAUCCUUCAACUUCAAAUACUUCAAUGGCAUCCUCCAUGCUGAAUUAUGAUACAACAAUGGCAGCAGAAUAUCAGCAAAUUCUUCCCAAAAGAAGUAAGUGUAAAUUAUAUUAAUUUCAGGGGUAGAUUGUUGAUACCAGUGUGUUUUUAUGAUUUGUCUCAUUUUUCAUUUUUUUUUUAUUUUUAUUUUUGCAGCCUUAAACCACAUUGUAUAACAACUUUUCUGUUUACAUUCAUAAAAAUAUUGGUAUGUUAAGAAAAGUUUUUUCAUAAAAAUCAUAUAAAUUAAAUUUAGAGCCAAA